GCAGGGUAGGUGUGUGGUUGCAGCAGUGCAGCGCGAGGGCGAGCGAGGUGCCGUUGGCCAGGAUCUGUUGGGCAGCCCCUGUUCAGUGACUAUACAGCUUCCAGCUUCUGCAACAAAUGAAGCAGGGUUCCUACAGACAAGUCUCCUUCAUUACACACCCCUGAUUCAUCCCCAGAGCAAGUCUAUCCUGUACACUGAAUGAGGCAGGAGUGCUUUGGAAAAAAUGAGCAUACAACAAAAGGAAUGACUGUGAACACUCCAGCGCUCUGUUUCAGAAGCAAGAAAAUUCUUGCUCCCAUGGUGCGGGUUGGAACAUUACCCAUGCGUCUUUUGGCUUUGGAUUUUGGUGCUGAUAUUGUGUACUGUGAGGAGCUGAUUGACAUAAAGAUGGUGCAGUGCAAAAGAGUUGUAAACGAGGUGCUUGAAACAGUGGACUUUGUAGCACCUAACGAAAGAGUUGUUUUCAGAACAUGUGUGAGAGAGAAAGAUUGUGUUGUCUUUCAAAUGGGAUCAGCAGAUGCUGAGAGAGCAUUGGCUGUAGCCAAGCUUGUAGAAAAUGAUGUAGCUGGGAUUGAUGUCAACAUGGGCUGUCCAAAAGAAUAUUCUACUAAGGGAGGUAUGGGAGCAGCGCUGCUGUCUGAUCCUGACAAAAUUGAGUGUAUUCUGAGUACCUUGGUUAAAGGAAUUUGUAAACCAGUGACCUGCAAAAUCCGAAUCUUGCCUUCGCUUGAAGACACUAUAAGCCUGGUGAAGAGGAUAGAAAAGACUGGUGUUGCUGCCAUUGCAGUCCAUGGAAGGAAGAAGGAGGAGAGGCCUCAACAUCCUGUCCACUGUGAAGUGAUCAAAGCCAUCUCUGAGGCAGUCUCUGUUCCUGUAAUAGCAAAUGGCGGAUCUCAUGACUUCAUCAAAGAAUAUACUGACAUUGAAGCCUUCCAACAAGCAGCAGGUGCUUCAUCGGUAAUGAUAGCUCGUGCUGCCAUGUGGAACCCAUCCAUCUUCAGAAGAGAAGGCCUUUGUUCCUUGAAGGAAGUCAUGCAAGAAUACAUCAAAUACGCAGUGAGAUAUGAUAAUCACUAUACCAACACAAAGUACUGUCUGUGUCAGAUGUUAAGAGAACAGUUAGAAACCACAGAGGGAAAGAAACUGCAUGCUGCACAGUCAACUCAAGAAAUCUGUGAAGUCUUUGAAAUGGGCAGUUUCUAUGAAGAAACAACAGCUAUUCUGGAAGCUAAGGCAUCAUUAAAGGCCAAGACACAAGAUGAAGAUGAGCAGAUGGAAGACACAGAUGUGAUAAAAAUGGCUGUUAGAUUUGACAAGCGAGAAUAUCCACCACAGAUUACUCCCAAAAUGUAUCUCUUGGAAUGGUGUAGGAAGGCGAAGCACCCACAACCUGUUUAUGAAACUGUUCAAAGACCAUUAGAUAAAUUAUUCUGUUCAGUUGUCACAGUAGCUGAACAAAAAUAUAGAUCAACCUUAUGGGACAAGUCAAAGAAGCUAGCAGAACAGGCGGCAGCUAUAGUCUGUCUUAGGACUCUGGGUCUCCCAGAGGGGAAGCUUAACGAGGGAGAAAACCACCUGAUUAACAAACGCAAGAGAGAGAACGAGGAGUUCCUGAACAACAAAGAACAUGAAGAUGACCACCUUGUUGAGGCUUCACAUAAAAGAGCUCAUUUUACUGAGGGAGCUUCUGACUCCAGCUCUUCUGAGGUGCCACAAUAGCAUGAAAAGCAAGCAUUCCACAACUGUGCAGCUACCAAUUCACUUGCUUUUUUUUAUAUCCUGCUAUUAUAUUUCAUCUAGACUCUAUCAGUCGGAGACAGGUAAACUCUGCCCGAUUAUGAAAACCUACUGUACUGGGUAAAUGGUUUUUGUUUUUUGCUUUGGUGCCUUUCAAACAGGAUAAAUUAGCAGCCUGGGUUUUAAAUAAGAAUGAGAAGAUGAUCCCAACAUUAAAUUCUGUUUCAAUAGUAAACUAUUUUCAGUUUAGCUUUUGAAGUGUUGAGGUUUUUGUUUAAUAUAUUUUAUAAGUAGAAAAAAGUUUUAAACACACACGAAAGAGGUUCUUAAUAGAUUGUUUCCAACUGUUGUAGUUUUGGUGUAGUUUUCAUUAACAGGGAUAAGUAUGUUAGAAGUUGUCAGCUCUUGUCUGAAAAUACCUGUAGCAGGUUGUGUCAUGAUCCCUAAAGUAUUUUGUAUGAAGAAGAUAUUCAAAACAUAAUUCAUUGUUGGUGAACUAAAUCAAAGUGGCUUCCCUAUUUAAAAAAUAAUAUACACCUUUAUUUUAAAUGGAAGUGUCUUCGCUAAACCAUUGUUUUCUAACGGAACAGCAAUAUCUAACUGGGAUUGUAUUUAGAGUUUUUAAAUCAAAAAGAUGUACGUGCAUAUUAAAAGUGACAGCUACUCAAAUUUCUGAAUUUUUAAUAAAUCUGCAUAGUUUGCAUUUAACUGAAAAA